AAAAGCCGGAAGAACGGCAAAGCUGCAGUUUAGUUGCGACAAAGUGACUUGGCGUUGAAGUGGAGCAAAUUUUCUGCAGUUUGCUCAAGCUUGAUUAAGUUGAACUAACUUCAUCAUGGUCAUCACCAUUUACUACGCUAGCAUCACUGCAACACCGGAGUUACAGAGUCAACAGCAAAAUAUUUUUAACACCUUGGAUUGCUUGAACAUACAGUACCAGUUGCUUGAUCUAUCAACUGGUCAAGGUUUGCUGGAUGAAAUGAGAGAAAAGAUAAGAGAUCCAAAAGCUGUGGCCCCCCAAAUAUUUAAUGGAGACCAUUAUUGUGGGGGUUAUGAAGUCUUUUUUGGGGCAGUGGAAGCUAAGAAGGUAAAAGAAUUCCUCAAGCUGGAAACCUGUCAAAAUCAGUCACAGAAGGAUUAAUCCACUGAAGCCAAGAUGCACAUAUAAGAAUUAAAACAUUCAACGUAUACAUGGAAUGCUUUUAUUCAUGGUUACUAUUGUUCUAAUACAAAUUUUCCUGAGCUACCACAUGAGCUCCUUAAGUACCAAAAGUAAUCUUCUUUUGUGCUAAUUUUGUUGACGUUUUCCUGAAUGUAUUGCUCAUUGAAUGCAGCAAGGCAUCUUUUGUAAGUAUUACAAAAUGUGUAAAACCCACAUUAAAAAAAAUUCUGUUUCA